AUGCGUCUUCAAAUUCCCACGCUGGCCCUCGCCUUGUUCGCUGCCACAACGUCCGCGAACAACCUGCAAACGCCUUCACAUCGGGGACUUAAGGCAGAAAGUCUUGAUUUUUUGUCCUACAAGUGCGAAUGCAAGUCCAAAAUCCGUAAGUGUCUUUUCAUCCACGGAGAACUGCACUCGAAGCAUCACGAUGAUCUGCAAGAUAAGUCCGAUUAUUUUGGCGACAUGAAACACCACGCCCCAUGCUGUUCGUCGAUCAAGUACGUUUCGCUCGAUACGGAAACCGUUGGCUGGACAGAUGAGGAUUUGCAGGAAACAGUCUGCAAGCACGCUCUAUCGAUGAGUGAUAAGAGCGAUGAAGAGAAGAAAGUUAUCAAGGACACGAUUCUCGUGACUCAUUCCAUGGGUGCCUUGAUCCUGGCAGUAGACACUGCACUGAAUGUUUGCUCGAACGAGAAGUCGAGGAGUUUUCAAGCUGCUAUGUUGCUUCUGGGCAAGUGUCCCGUUAAGGCUGGACUCAAGUCUCUCGCGUAUAUGGGCGGACACUACAGCUCCAAGGAGCUUGACACGGCGUAUGAGGACGCUCAAGACGUCUACAGUAAGUAUGUAACCGCUGCCAUGUGCAGCAACAGCUUUCAAGGUUUAAUUUCGGGGGAUCAGAUCGAGUACGCGGGGUUAGCCACUUUCGCAGGUCAUAAGUCGAAAAAGAACGAUGGCUUCGUAACAUUUGAAAGUUGCCGAGGUGGCCUGGAUACCGAGAAGUUUGAUGACGACCCAACUAGUGCGUUUUACGUGUCCAAGUGCAACCACGCCGAUACAAAAUUCAAGCACAAGGACGACUUGUUAAUGAACAGCAAGAAACCAAAGCGUUGGUUUGAGUGUGCUCUUUAA